AUGGCGGCCGUUUUGGCUUACAUCAAGGACUGCUUCCUCGGCGUAGCACUGGGCGUGGGCAGUUUCUUCAAAAGCAUCGUGGACUGGCUCAAGAUGGCAUAUUCCCCGAAUCCGUACUACCGUGGCAAUAUGUUGACCGCCCUCGCCGUCAGCGGGAGGCCCCCUUUUGAAGGCAGCCUGCGCAUGGUGAUAUCCCAGGUGUUCCAGCCUUCCGACUGGACAGUCAUGGAAGUGUCCGUCAUGAAGCCCAACGGACCCCCCUUCAGGGCCGUGCUAAAGAUGUUCGACCGCCGCUUCUCGCCAUGCGUGCAAAGUCUGCGGCUUCGCCGGGGCACCGGCGAAUGGACGCCCGAGUUCGAGCGGGAGUUUGUCGACUACGUCCGCCGCGGCGCCGCCAAAGAGUACCUCUGGGGGACCGGCGAUGACUCCGAGGCUGACGACGCCCCGAGGAAGCUGAACAGGCUCGAGGAGGAGGUCGACAGACAGACCGAAUGCGAGACUAUUUGCAACGAGCGUGCUAGUCGCUUACAGUCUCGGAUGGGCGCUGAGAAGGGCAUCAGGUUACCCAAGACGUAUUGCACCGUGCGGAUGGCGAUUCAACAAGAUUUUGAUAACCGGUUACUCGAGGUGACCGGCAUACUCAUGGAAUACGUGCCGGGAUUCAGCUGCGAUCUCACAGAGUGA